GGUCCCCAAAUAACAUUUUGCUUAGGGCCCCCAAAAGGAUAGAGCCGGCACUGCACAGCUCACAGUGUGGCGUCGGACCAGGGGGAAAAGGGGCACUAAGUAUAUAGGGCCCUAACAUGUAGAGGGGCCCUGAGAAAUGUUUGAAUCUUGAAUAAAGAGGGCCCAGAAUUUUGUAUUAUACCCCAGAGCACAGCUCACAAAGUUGACCUAGAAAAGUAAGCAACAUACUGGAAGUAACGUUACAACUCAUCCCUGCAUUAGAUUGAUCAUGUGAUGGUGAAUAUUGAAUGUGAAAGUGUUUUUUUAUAACAUCUAUAAAAAAAGAAUGAGUGCAAUAAAGUGCAUGCCCAUUUUUAUACCAGAAUGAUAACUGAUGAUGAUUCGUCAUAAAAUAAAUAACAUUAAAAAAACGAUUCGACAAAUAUCUUGUCAUCCUAUUUAUGGUUUCAACAAUUAACACUAGUGGUAAAGAAAACGGAAGCCAGAAGACAACUAUGACAAACUUAUACGCGCAAACAAUUAUAGUAAUACCAGGAUCAAACACACCCACCCACCCACACAAUGUCCCCUAUGAGACAGUUGUUCCCAGCCACUCAGUCAGCCUGCAGCAGGUGCAGACUUCUACCAGUCACUCCUUCAGAAUGGCCUUGGUGAUACUUCUAUCUCUCAUCCUCCUCACACUGGGGUUUUCAGGAGCCGAUGGGAAGUGUGUCUACGCUGCUGUGGGGACCACCAAAGUCAUUAACCUUGAAUACAUGGAGGUUCUUGACGAGGCAUUACACAUACGCUGGACCCAUGACAACCAGAUUGUUUACAACAGCAAGAAGAGCGCUGAGCGGAACCGCCCAAUCACAUCCAAUGGUUCACUGAUACUGGAGAAUCUGCAACUGGAUAGCAGAGGAAUCUACAAAGCCACCGUCUUCAACGCCUUGGGAGAACUCAUAAUGUCUACAGAAACUGACCUGUGUGUGCUCUUGCCUGUGUCUAAACCCCGCCUGACACACAACUGUAAUGGCACGUGGGUAAUUCUGGAGUGCGAUGUGGGAAACACCAAGGACGUGAGGGUCACGUGGAGUGUCAACGGGGACACAAAGCCUGGGCUCACAAACACAAUCCUGAACGUAACCAAGGCAGCCCUCAAACCUGAAGACAGCUACGCUUGUACGGCGAGAAAUCAAGCUAGCCAGGAGAAGAGCGAUGACGUUAACCCUAAAUGCCCAGGACCCGGGAUUCAAAUGGAGCUGUGGCUGAUGGUGGCGAUUCUGGCGGGUGGAGGUGGUCUGCUACUUAUCCUCAUCGUCAUCUUGGUGAUUGUCUGCAGGAGAUGCAGGCAACGAAAGAGACGGCUAGCUGAUGAGGACGAGAUGAGACUGACCCCCCUCACUCAGCCAACACGCCAAGGCUCCCUACACCACCACCAUGAAAAGACCAAAACCCGGCCCAAGAACAGAGCUCCGCCUCGGGCAACACCAAACUCCAGACCCCAGGCUCAACCCAGGCCUCAUCAGCCAGCACCAGACAAUGCUGAGCCCAUCCCAAUGCCCAGAAGGACAGGACCCAGGAGACACAAAAGCUAGACACGUGUGUUCCUGUGAAUUAUCGUCAACCACAACAACCCUUCUAGAAUAGCUUUCAUACCCUGUAAAUUAAAGUGCUUGUUGCUCCAAUUUGUUGCCUUGGGUAAUGUGGUCCCUACAGAUUCUUGUGAGUCUGCUCAUUGUGUAUCUUAUACACAUGUUCUGUGGUCUCUGGCAGUUCUGGGGUCUUCCUGUGCAAACCGAAUGUUCGGUAACUGCCUGUCAGAAUCAACAUCCUGCCUCUCUGCUGCACUCAAGGGAUUGAAUUGCCCCCAUUGGGUUAAAGAUCUUUACAACACCUGCAAUAUGAAUAAAUGUCAUGCUCUGCAAUAAUGCACUUUAAAUGUGGAGAAGAGACCACAAUGGGCUUUAACAGUGUGGUAAGAUUAUUGUCUGUCUGUGUGUGUGUGCGUGUGUAUGCAUGGGUGUGUGUGUGUGUG